AUGCCAGCAUGCAAGCGGUGCUCGGAAGAGAACAAACCCUGCUUCUACGUCAAGUCACGGCGCGGAAUCCGGGAUGCCAAAGAACGAAGUCUGAUAUCGGAUAAGCCGCCGUCGCAGACGAUAAGCACGAGUCUAUAUCAGAUCCCGAGCAGUGGAACCCUCACCGAAAGCUCAAGCACCUAUGGUAGCGACAUCUUCAGCAACAGCUUGAUCGGUGAAGCCUCCUUCUCGCCUACGAGCAACGAAGACACUUUUCUCGAAGCAUACUAUACCUACUUCCACCCGAGUCAUUCCAUGAUGCUCCCAAAAGAUUACUUCCUCAGGCACAUGGCACUAGACCCUGACUCGGUGAAUUUCCUGCUACCGGUAGUCCGGUACAUUGGAUCGCAUUAUUGCGCUCAAAGGGCACCUGACGACUUGGAAGAGGCCGUCUUUGCAGGAGCUUGCGGUCAACUACCAAUGACCUCACAGUCAGUACUGGGUCUAUUGCUUCUUAGUAUAGCGGCUUUGGGAAAUAUGAAGUUUGGAUACCAGAACGGCUGGACAAGCAGAGCCAUUUCCAUGGCCUUUGCAAUCGGCAUGCAGCACAAGACAUUUGCAGAUAAUGUCCAUGAUGCAGUCCAGGCCGAAUGUCAUCGACGAGUCUUCUGGGGCCUUUAUCUUGUUGACUCAAUGAGGGUCAUCAGGGAUCCAGCAGAGAGACUGCUACUUCAUGAAACUAUAGGGAGUGUUGAUCUUCCAUGCGAGGAAUGGGAAUAUGAAGCUGGGCGAAUACCACGACCGAUAUCGCUUGCAAAAUACGACGAGCAGAAUAUCUUUGGGACUGCUGACUUCUCAUCGUGGGCAUAUCUCAUUGAUAUGUGUCGCAUAUCCAACGAACUCGUGCUACCCUAUCAUGACAGCAUGGAAGACAAGAAAAUGGGACUUUUUGAUCGUGCCGACUCUCGAAUCUGCGACUGGCUGAUCAAGGUCCCACAAUGGAAGACGGAAGUCGUGGACUCAAACGGGCUGGGUGAUAUGAUCCUUUUACACGCAAUCGCACUUGCCCAACAAAAUCGAUUAAGAAUACGGCAAUGUGCAUCGAGACAAGGUCUCAAUCUUCAGCAGACCUUUCCGCUCGGUCCUGCACGAGGACCUCACCGCCAAGCACAAAAGAUCAAGGGGUUCGGAUGGAAAGCCAUUCCAAUAGACGUCCAGGCAGCGGAUAGUGUCUGCCGCCUGUUUCUCAAAUCGUUUCCAACCAAGAACCUCAGCCCACUUUGCUUGCCAGGACUCCUGUGGGUAGCCAUUGCCUAUCUCGACGCAUGCGUCUUCCUAGGCCUCGACACGCCCGGCUAUCGAGAGAAGCUCAGCAUGUUACUGCACAUCAUGACGGCCCACGGCAAGAUCUGGGGCAUCUCACGAAAGAUUGCAGAAGAGGUCAAGGAGGUGGCACAAGACUAUGCCGUGUUGCCACAGUCGCCAUCGCCAGAGCCAGAUUCCUCCGCGAGCAGUUCACAUGCGCUCCAACUCACUCCUGACCUGGCCAUGGGCGAGCUUGCACUUCCAAUGGACUUUGAUUUUUCCGCUUACCAGAACUUUGGCGAUUUUAAUUCUUGGAACAAUAAUCUGAGCGCUUCUUUGUUCUGA